UCUAGCGAAAUAUAACAAAUUUAGGGUACGGCAAUUACUUACUUGACGUGGUCCGAUUUAUAGUGGAAUAGAUAGUAAACAUAAACAAACACUGGAAGUGGUUUAGGCGAUUUACGGAAAGCUUGAAAAUGAACAUAAAUUAUCACCAGGACACAACCAAAGUAGGAAAAACAAAUACUUGAAGUGGUUUAGGCGAUUUACCGCAAACUUCAACGUGAACAUAAACUAUCAACAGGACUAAAGCAUAAAACUGUCAGUGACUAGUUUCAGAUUUGCUUCAAUACAUACGCAGAAAACUCAACGCUUAUUUCGAAUAAUUAGAUUCACAAAAUUAGAGAGAACGCGUAUAUAACUAAAACUGGAUAUAAACAAAAGACUUAUAUGGGAAUACUACUGGGCAUCAAACUGUACAAAAACACACUUUGAUUAGUCUUUAAUAAAAAUAUACUUUGAAAGCAUAGCUAUUUACAGAUAUUGAUAAAAAGCGUAACCAUGGCGACAGAAGAACCUCGAAAUUUCGAAACUUGGGACUGGGUCCUGUUUGGCCUGAUGUUAGCGGUCUCAGCGGGGAUCGGGAUCUUCUACGCCGUCAAAGAAUAUUUCAACAAGAACUCCAACUCGUCAGAAUUCCUUAUGGGAGGUCGCAACAUGCAACUCCUCCCCGUGGCAAUCAGCAUCCUGGUGUCCUUUAUGUCGGCGAUUCUGAUCCUGGGGACCCCUGCUGAGAUGUACACCGCGGGGACGCUGUAUUUCAUGUACCUUAUUGGUAUGGUUCUGGCCAUCAUAAUGUCCGCGUUGAUCUUCGUGCCUCUGUUGUACCCUCUGCGACUGACCAGCAGCUUUGAGUAUCUGGAGUUGCGGUUUAAUUCGAAGGUGGCCAAGCUGACAGGAACCAUUAUUAUGAUUAUUCAACAGAUUCUAUACAUGGGGAUCGCCUCUUAUGCCCCUUCGACAGCUUUAGAAGCAGUGACAGGGUUCCCAACAUGGGCGACUAUUAUCACGGUUGGAUGCGUGUCAACGUUCUAUACUUUCUUGGGAGGAAUGAAGGCCGUUGUCUGGACCGACGUCUUUCAGUCUGUGAUAAUGGUAGCAGGUCUCCUAGCCAUAGUAAUACAAGGUACACUUAAAGUAGGUGGCUUGGAUACAGUGUGGAGUAUCAAUGAAGACUGGCACAGGAUCGAGUUCUGGGAUGCCAAUUUUGACCCCACGGUACGUCAUUCUAUUUGGUCGCUUGUGAUCGGGGGAGCUGUCGGCUGGAUGAGCACCUACGGCUGUAACCAAGCCAGUGUUCAACGAUACUGUGCGGUCGCAACACUAAAAGAGUCUAGAUGCUCGGUUUUACUGAACAUUGCCGGAGUAAUCAUUUUGAUGACAGUCACGUCCUUAGCUGGCGUUGUGAUGUUUGCCUACUACGCACAGAAGGGAUGUGAUCCUCUGUCCAACAACCAAGUGGACAACUCCAAUCAACUCGUUCCAUAUUUUGUGAUGGAGGUUUUAGGGUACCCCGGACUGCCGGGGUUGUUUGUGUCUUGUCUGUUCAGUGGGGCUCUUAGCACGAUGUCUUCGUGCCUCAACGCUUUAUCCGCAGUCACAUGGGAAGAUAUAUUCAAGCCGCUGAUUGGCCACAGGACAUCCGAAACCGCCAAAACAUGGAUCAUCAAGUUGCUUGUGCUUGUAUACGGUGCUGCUGGCGUUGGGUUUGCUUUUAUUGCCAAGACAUUAGGGGGAACCGUACUUCAGGCAUCCCUUAGCUUCACAGGAGCAGCCUCAGGACCUUUGCUUGGAAUUUUUCUCCUAGGGGGGCUCUUCCCGUGGGCUAACUGGUUGGGUUGCUUCGUAGGAGGUUUUGCAGGUCUAGCGCUUCCCUUUUGGAUUAGCAUCGGCGCCUACAACCUUCCGAGCAGUGGCUAUAAGCUGGACUUUCCCACUGAUAACUGUACAGUGGACGAAAUAAUGCUGAAUUCGACGACGACAAUCAAACCGGUUGAAGAGUUGUCAGGCAUUCAACUUCUGUACACGGUCUCCUAUCUUUGGUAUCCCAGCAUUGGCGUUGCUACAGUGAUCAUCGUUGGUUUAUUCGUCAGCUUAAUAUCAGGCUGGGAAAAAGAGGAGGUGGAUCCAAAGUACUUGAUUCCGUUCUUCGACCGCCUUGCCUGCUGUGUGCCGGAAAGUUGGAGAAGACCUUGUCGCUGUGGAUACCAGUAUAAAGAUCCUGAGACGCUUGUACAUGAGUUACAAGACCAAGAAAUCGCCAUAACUAAGAGUGACCUUGACCUUGAUCAGAAAUCCACCACACCAACAUCGUUCUCACAGCCUCCACCUUAUACCAAAGAUAACGUGAUGAUACUUGCUUACAAACCGUCCACACAGGCCGCCUUCGUCUACAACAACAGCCACUUCGUGCCGGAUACUGACAACGAGAAGAGCGGGGAUAGUUUAAACAGUCCCCCACCGUAUUAACUAUAAUUAGUUUUGGAUACAGUUUGUCUAAUGUUCCUGGGACCUUAUUCAAUACAAUUUCUAUCUUUGUCCUAG